AAAAGUCAAAACGUUGAGCAUGGCCCGAGCUCACUCGCGUUCGUGAGAGGCGCGCCCGACACACGCGCCCACCCGCAAAUCCCACACAGCAGCACCCACACACAAAUGGAGCAACCCGCCGCGCCGAACGCGGCGGGCGGCGCGGAGACGCGCUCGUCCAGCGCGCAGAAGAAGGAGAUCUACACGCACGACGCCGACUGGACCAUCUAUGCGAUGGCCUGGUCGCAGCGCGACGAGCCGGAGCGGGGCUUCCGCCUCGCGCUCGGGUCGUUCGUCGAGGAGUACGCGAACCGCGUGUCCAUCGUCCAGCGCCGCGACGCCUACGAGAAGUGCGUCGGCACGGGCGUCGGCCGCGACCGCACGGCCGCCGCCCUCCAGCGCGCGCACAACCCCGGCAAGGCCGCGGACAGCGAGGCGGCCUUCGUCACCGUGGGCGAGUUCGAGCACCCCUACCCCGCGACGAAGAUCAUGUGGUCGCCGGACCGGACGAGCCGGCGGGACCUGCUCGCGACGACGGGCGACUACCUCCGCGUGUGGUCCGUGCCGGACCAGCGCGAGGCGAGCGACGCCGAGAGCGCGUCGUCCGUGGAGAUGGUGGCGCUGCUGAACAACAACAAGAACUCGGAGUACUGCGCGCCGUUGACGUCCUUCGACUGGAACGACACGGAGCCGAGCCUCGUCGGCACGUCGUCGAUCGAUACGACGUGCACGAUCUGGGACCUGAGCGUGCCCGCGGUGAAGACGCAGCUCAUCGCCCACGACAAGGAGGUCUACGACAUCGCCUUCGCCCGGGGCAAGGACAUCUUCGCGUCCGUGGGCGCCGACGGGUCCGUGCGGCUCUUCGACCUCCGGACGCUCGAGCACAGCACGAUCAUCUACGAGACGUCGAGCCUCCGGCCGCUGCUGCGCCUCGCCUGGAACAAGCAGGACCCCAACUACCUCGCGGCCAUCCUCGCCGACGACCCGCGCACGGUCAUCCUCGACGUCCGCGUGCCGUCGAUCCCCGUCGCGGAGCUCGGCGCGCACCAGGCGUGCGUCAACUCCAUCGCCUGGGCGCCCCACAGCUCCUGCCACCUCUGCACCUGCUCCGACGACAACCAGGCGCUCAUCUGGGACCUCACGGCCAUGCCCAAGCCCAUCGACGACCCCAUCCUCGCCUACACGGCCGACGCGGAGGUGAACCAGCUCCAGUGGUCCACGGCGCACCACGAGUGGGUCGCCAUCGCCUACAACACGACCAUGCAGAUGCUCCACGUCUGAGGCGCCCCCCUGAGUCCCGCGCGGAUUAGUGUGGUUCCCGUG